UGGGGGCUGGUUGCCAAGGGAGCCAACCUAAUGACUAAAAGACCUGAAGCUGCCCUAACCUCCGACGGCAAGGAAGACCUGUCUAUCACCGGGCGGUUCCAGAAAACCCUUGAGGAACUGGACGAGGAGCUGGCAGAACGAGACGGGACCCCCCACCUGCCGACCGGGCCCGCGAGCGGCGUCUCCCACCACCGCAUGCCGGACGCCACCGGCCCCGACGGAGAGGCCGACGUGAUCCCGGUCACCUUCAUCGGGGAGGUUUUGGAUGACCCCGUGGACUCGGGGCUGUUUUCCAAUAGAAACAACAACGCUGGUUCUUUUGACCUAGGGGGCGUGGCUGACAGGGGGGCGCCCCCCAUGCCCCCCGCGCCCCCGCCGGAGGAGCACAGCCGGCCACUCGGAAGGAGGACACACGUGCCCCACUCACCCGCUCCUCCCCACGACAUAGGGACAGAAAGCAAGCCUGCCUCGGCCAACCCCUGUGAUGCUGAAAAUCUGAAUAAAACAGAGCCCGAGACGGGCUGUGCGGCGGCGCUGCACACGCACCCCCCAGACACGCAGGGGGGCGGAGAGGGGCCCGGCCCUGGCCUCGGCGGGAAGGCGCAGGCCCACGAGGCGGCGAGGCUGCAGCCCGCGAGGGGCAAGGAGGCCCAGGGGGCAGGUAGUGGCCCAGCUCCACCGCCCUGGUAUCAACGGGACCCCAGCCCCGGGGGAAGCUACGGACUGAAAUACGGCCUCACGACGUACAAAAUCGUCCCCCCGAGGUCGGAGAUGAGGUGUUACGACCGAGGAGUGUCGCUCUCAACGGGUGCCAUCAAGAUCGACGAGCUGGGGAAUCUGGUGAGUCCCCACGCGCACGGGGGCAGGACCAUAACCCCGUCGUCAUCCACUCUCGACGUGGAAACCCAGCCCGUUGGAAAAGUCAAAGAAUUCUGGAGGUCCGGCUCCACGGAGACACGCUCAGGCCAGGGGACCCCCGGCCCUAUCACACCCCCGAAGCCGAAGCCUCGAGAUGUGGGACGCGGGGCGGAACCGAGCUUCCCGGGCCCCGCAGCGCCGCGGCCCCCGCAGCAGCCCGCGCGCCCCGAGGAGGCCAGAAGCCGGCUGCCCGCCCCGGCCACUUGUCCCGUGAACGUGCCAGCAGCGAGCGCCACGGAAGUCUCAUUUCUGAAGCCUCAGAGGAGGACCUCCAGUCAGUACGUGGCCUCUGCCAUUGCCAAGCGCAUCGGGCCCCAGGGCGCCCCGGCCGCUGCGGUGAGGAUGCCCGGGAACGCACAGCAGGACGGGGAAGGCCGGGCGCCGGCCCUACAGCCUCCCGCCCGUGCUGACCCGGGGGCGGCGGCCGGGGGCGCCCAGGGCAGCAGCCUCGAGGGAGCGUCGUCCGCCCAGGCCCCUCCUGCUGGCCUCCGCAGGAGCCCCUGUGUCCCCCCGGUCACCGCGUCCCAGCACGAUCGCGUCUGCACGGUGCAGAGCUGCAGCCUCCGGGGAAGGCAAAGCCCAGGCCGCCUCGGCACCAGCCCCGCGUCCGCCCCCCAGUGCAAGCUGGACAGUCCCCCCCGCCCCCGCUCAGGAGACGACCAGACCCCUGGCAGGACCCUGGCGAAUGGGUCCAGGUGGGUCCCCCUCCACACCGAGCCCCCUCGCUCCCCGGGCGGGCUGGACACCAAUGAUGGCGCCAGGCAGGAGCCCCUGGAACAGGAGGAAAAACCGAGUGUGCCGUGCACAGGACACGAACCCGAUGGCACCCUGCCCCCCAGCAUCUUCGGGCCAAAGAAGAAAUUCCGCCCAGUGGUCCAGAAGCCAGCUCCGAAAGACACGUCGCUGCACAGCGCCCUGAUGGAGGCCAUCCACUCGGCAGGAGGGAAGGACAGGCUGCGCAAGGUUGCAGAACCCGGCUCCGAGGGCGGCCCGAGGAAGCCGUCCUCCGCAGAGCCAGCGGGCGAGCGCUCCGCGCUGCUGGCGGCCAUCCGAGGGCACAGCGGGGCCUGCAGCCUGCGGAAGGUGUCCUCCUUCGCCUCCGAGGAGCUGCGGAGCCUCCGGGACGCCGAGCUGUCACAGCAGGAAUGCGGAUCGCCGCUGGAGCCCCCAGCACUACCUGAGCUUGGCAUCCCGGCCCCGCCAGCCCCACCGGCCCCGCGCCCUCCAGCCACCCAGGCUCCCCCUGCGCCCAGGACGGCAUCCAGGUCCAGCUCAGGCAGCCCCGCCGAAGCCAGGCAGGCCCUGAUGGACGCCAUCCGCUCCGGCACAGGGGCCGCAAGAUUGAGAAAGGUUUUGCAAGGUCAGGAGAUGGAGCGACAUUGUCAGCAGCAUGCUGGCCGCACUGUUUCUCUUCAACCUGCACCCACACUGUCUGCCAUAUUUCUGGACCUCCUGGACGUUCUGCGAGGAACGUGUUGUGCUUUUUCAGAUUAACACUCGCCUGCGAAGGUGCCCUUGCUCGUGUAAAUCAUCAAGAACAUCAGACCGUGGCGGAGACCCACCUGUGAGCCCUCCACGAGGAUGCCACGUGGCGGGGGGAGUGGGGCGAGGACAUCACAACUUGGUGGAUCUUCUUGUCUACAGGCCAAACUCACACAAUCGAUUUCCAGUCCUGCAAAACGGUUCCAAGGGAGGGCGAGAUGCUGCUCGGCUGCACGGCUGGUGUGCCAAGGAAACGUGUUUGCCUCUGAAUAUUUGAAGUUGCCAAUAGCCUACUCUUGUUGGCAGGUUAAUGGGGAUACAAACGCUGGAGCCCAACACUACACUUACUUACGGUGACUACACUGAUUCCGGACCUUUGACGCUUUACCGCAUACAGAUGGUUGAGACCACUUAGUGGUUUGACAUCUUCUGAAUUCCAAGGAAAUACGCAUAAAUCAGAGGAAACGAUCUGAGUGUAAUACACUCUGACGUUUUAGGAGUACGAACAGCACUGGAAGAUGACUGUUGAGUAAUGAAACCUUUGGAUGUUCAUGCCUCAAAAAUUUGGGGGUUACAGCCUAACGGGAGGUCACAGGCCACGAUCUGACCAACUAAGCUUUGUAAAAAACCAAUGAUUAUCAACCAGAAUAAAAUCACACUUGACGUCUGGCACUUCUGAUCCUCCUAGGGCAGCGGUGACAAAGAUCAGAGUGACCCGGGUGUGGACGGUCGGUGCCCCCCAGUGCCGGCGUCCCCGGUGGGCUGUGAAGUAGAAUGAGCCUCCCCCACGGCGGCCGUGUACGGAGCCCAGUGACUUACUUACCGGAGAACCUUCUGAAACCCUGUGCACAGCCAAGAGCGGGGACGUUGGGUGUCCACGUGUCGCCACCGUUGAGUCAAGACCAUGCUGGUAUUUCACAGUUUGGGUUUGGUGCGGGCUCAUUGGCCCAACAGAUCGGUGGCUCCCCUGAGCCCUACGGAAGGCUCAUCUUCACGCCCGGUGCUUAGCCACCGGUAGUUACGAGGAAACGUAGACCCAGCGCUACUUUCCACAUCUCCAUCUAAAGCCUCUUUAUUUGAAAAGAGCUCUUAAAGAGACGAAUGGAAAUCAAGAGUCUGUGACAUAAAAUCUCUGUCCUGAUGGAAUGACAGACACGGGGAGAUCACUUUAAGGUCUCACGACUGCUUCACGUCGAGGCAUCACCCAGAGUGGAAGCUUUGCUCUGCACGGUCUGACAGCCGCGGCUCACCUCCCUGCUGUGGCUAGAAUGUCAACCGGGGUCUCGUAAACCGCGCUGUCUCUACUCUGUGUCUUUUAGUGCCACAAAUAAAAGAAAAUGAAACUGUA